GAUAUUGCGGGUCUGGAUUCAUGAUGACAUAAGACGGUGGCAUUGGUGGGGCAAAGCUCGGCAGUGCACGGAGCAGCAGGGACCCGAGCCGUCGACGGGAACUUGGAGAGCUCCGACGGAGUCUGGCGGAUCGCUUUCGCAAUGCUUCACUUGACAACAACUUGAGCAUUUCACCUCGCGCGGACGAUUCGGACUGUGAAUCAACCCUUGAUCCCUAGAAGAAGUCAGUUCUAAGGUCGAGCUCAAGACCUUGCUUUCGAUCGAGCAACUACAUCCAGCAACCAUCCGCUCGAACCGGCCCUCAAACCACCAUGGACUACGUCGACAAGCGACUCCAGGAGGAGGCAGUGAAGCUGCACGUGGAGCAAGGUAAUGCCUUCUUCACCCCCCUCAACAUCCUCUUCCUCCUCGUCAACUUCUACACAAUCUACGUCCUCCUCCGCCCGACCCCGCCAGCGGUCCUCCCGAAAGAGCCGGCCGCGACCGUCUUCCGCGUGUUCAACCCGCGAACCCUCCUCCCCUUCACUGGCGAGAACGACAUGCCUAUCUACUUCGCCGUUCGCGGCCGCGUCUUCGACGUUUCCCACGGUCGCAAUUUCUACGGCCCCGGCGGGCCCUACUCCAAUUUUGCUGGGCGGGAUGCUUCCCGUGGCCUGGCGCUCGGCAGCUUCGAUGAGGAUAUGUUGACGAAGGACCUGGACGGCCCGUUGGAUCCGCUUGAGGGGUUGGGGCCGGACGAGAUUGAGGCGCUUCAGGGUUGGGAGGAGAACUUUGACAGCAAGUAUCUUGUCGUCGGCAGGCUUACUGCGGUCGGCGAUGAGGAGAAAUAGAAUCACUACCGGUGAACCUGGUAGAAUUGAUAACGUAUGUUCAUUUCGCAGGACUUGAAUAGACCCAAACACCAGAAGGGAGCUGUUUCUGACAAGGUAUCGCAAGAUUCUCGGUGUCACUCGACUCGAGGUGGGCAACUAGCAUCCAAGCCACCUACGUUUGUUCGACUCUUUGUGCAGUGUUAGACAAGCUGUCCCGGACCUCUUCGAUUCCCGAAUGUUACACAAGGAGAUGAACAUAUCAGAUAUGGCAGUACGACAUCGCGUACUUGAUAGCCAGUUAAGCGCCCACGGCUCUUCCGAAUGAUUCGAGCUAGAUUGACAGCCGGUCCGAAGAGUCAGAUUCCACAGCAUGCACUGUCUCUCUUCUAUUGUUAAGACACAAUGACAUGAUGCAAGGGAGCUGCGUGGGGAGGCAGCCUCCAAAAAGGGCCGCUUUCAG